AUGAAUCAAGGCGGGGAAGCCAUACCUAAUAGGCAGCAGCAGCCGCCUGACCAUGAAGAGAGGGCCAAUAAACCUCAUGUGCAACCAGAAGGAGGAGCUGACCAGCCAGCAGCAGCCGGAGCCGUGCCUCAACCCGAUCAGAACGCUCCCGGAGCAGCCAACCAGCCUCAGCAGCCUUCUAAUCAACCACAACCGCCUCCGGCGUUCCACAACAAUGGACUCCAUCAUCAUCACGGUGACCAAAAAGGGAUGCCUCAAGCUCACCCGCUGAUAUCACCAUAUUUUACAUGA